ACACCCUAAAACUUAAUUAAACCCCCCUACCUCACACCCUAUAGCUAUAAGCUGUGUCCCUUCACCUUUGACAUGCCAUUUAUUUUCUUCUUGUGUACUCACUUCACCACUUCAAACAUUGCUAGCUUCUCCCUCUCUCACUCUCUCAAACCAUGGUGUUCCACCACCACCAAGAAAGCAUGCAGGUGCAGGACACGAGAAGAAACAAACGACACAACAACUUCUCCAUCAACGACAACAUCGACAUUCUCAGGGAAGUCCUUAAACGACUCGACGGUCCCUCCUUGGGCGUCGCCGCCUGCGUGUGCCGCCUCUGGCGCAGCCUCGCCAGCAGCGACGACUCCCUCUGGGAGCACCUCUGCUUCCGCCACGUGUCAUCUCCGCCACCGGAUUCCGUCCGAGCGGUGGUGGUGGCGCUUGGAGGGUACAGGAGGCUGUACAUGGUGUGCGUGAGGCCGGUGCUGAGUCGACUCGGUGACUCGGAGCGGGUGGUGGUGAGGAAGCGGCAUGAGGUGGUGGUGCAGCUCUCGCUGUCUCUGUUUUGCGUCGACAGCUAUGAGAGGCUCGCGGCGGCGGCGGCGGGGGGAGGAAAGGUUGCCAGCGACGCGUCCGCAUCGUCCCUCAUGUUCCUCUGCAACCCCAUCAAUGUUUCAUUCUAAUCAAUGAUCACUACACCGUGUUUGGUUCUUCGCUUAUAAAAUGUAGCUUAUAGAGUUAUUAUUUUGAAUUGUGCGUCCAUUCCAAACAUACUUAUUAUUUCUCUAUUCAAUAUUCAUCAUUAGAUGCAAGGAUUAAGUAAAUCUUGCCACUAUUAGUAGUCAAAAUAAGAAGCACUGCCUGGUUAGUUAAUUUUGACUAUCACACACCAAAUUGUUUGUUUAUUCUUAUUUCUUAAUAUCUCUUUUUUUUUUCCCCUCCCCAAUAGUAUUGUUGAGCUAGUUAAAUGUAUUAAUAAAAGCUUGUAAUAAGCUCGGAUUGUUAUAUUUUGUUUCUAGUUUAUGUGCAGCUCUUUUAAAUGUAAUGGACUAUAUGACAUUGAACUCAUUUUAGCUAUGU